AUGGAAGCCGAGAUAUACAAAACGGCGGGGGACACACUCACGCCCAGCGAUAACAGCGGUGGUGCUCAAAUCGGCAAGGGCGUGUAUACCAUUAAUGAACAGGGUAAAUGGGAAGGCAAUCCAGGUGAUACGGACUGUGUUAUCUUGGCCGAUAUUGACGCCUUUAACAAGUUGGACAAAGCCUGGGUUCCUAGGUCACACUGGUGGGGGGAACCGGAAGGCGGCGUCGCCGACGCCUAUGUCCAAGACACCCUCAAGUUGGACCCUACCAAGACCAUACGAAUAUCUGUUAUCGAUGGGGAUGAACCAGAUAGGCUCCAAAUGCUGAUUCCCAAUCAGUUGCUCAACGAGAAUGGUGGAGGCUUGAGUCUUGAGGUCAAGUGCCAGGAUGCCAACAAAAAACCAGACCUGCCUAAGCACAAAGUUGACUACAGCUCCUGGACCAACAUACAUGGAGACAAAUAUGAGCAGGCUGAAAUUGAGGUUCACGAAGUCAAGGUGCCGGCAGAGAAAUUUCUCAAGGAUUCCGAAGCCGCCGUUGCAGAGGCCGAGGCGGCUGCGUCCGUCCAAGCCGCGGAAGCUGCCAGCACAAGAGCCAAGGCUGCUGUCAAGGGCCUGCAAGACAUUGCUCAGCAGGUUGUGGAGUAUACUAUCAAGUAUAAUGAAUGGAUGGCUAUUUAUCAGAACAGGGACGUUUUUAAGCUCUUCAACCAGGUGAGAGCAAACUUCAAGUCGGUGGUUUUGAAGGUAGACGAAAAGCUGGUGGAGGGGUACAAAGCCAGGUUUGACGAGGUUGCGAAAACGCCAGCAAGCCCCAAUGAUGUCCUGACCGAGGCAGAGAGCCUUGGCGAAAAGAUCAGGCAAGUGGUCGCCAAGGUUCAGAAGGAUCUCGACGCCAAGACGGCAUUGAAGUCGAACGAGUUCAAUACGUCCCCCCUGAAUCUGGGGGAUAUCAGCGAAGAUGACGUUGCGGACCUUGAGGCCCUAGAGACAGAGGCUAUCGCUUUGGAAGUCCCGGUUCUGGAAAAGAGUGCGGCCAAGUUGGCAGAUAUUCAGAGCCAGGUGGACGCGCAGCUUGAAAAGCUGCGGCCCAACGCCGAAGCAAACCCCGGUGAAAAGGACAAGCAAGACAAGGACAAGGAUCAGGACAAGGACAAAGAUAAGGACAAAGGCGAGGAUAACAGCAAUAACGGACAAGACCAGAACAAUGGAAACAAGGAACAAGACAAGAACAAUAGCAACAAGGAAAAGGAACAAGACAAGGCGGAUGAGAAAAAGAUCAUCGAGGAGAGAACAAAGGUAGCCGACCAGGUGGCGACGACCAGCGGCAGCAACUGGGUCGGCAAGGUCUUGGGAGGCAUCGCAUCGACAGUAGUGACCAUCGUGGGCGCAGGCGGCUUGACCCUUGCAGCCGAGGCUAUUGCCACGGGCGGUUCAUUCACCGUCGGUGGCAUCACCAUCUUCUCGGCGCCAGUGUCCCUUCAAGUCUCCGACGCCGAGGUGGCGGCGGUGCUCCAGGAGUUGUUGCCCGAGGUCACCAACGAUGCCAUCACCGUGGCAGCAGAAACGCUGCGCCCUCCCACGUCGAUUGGCAAUGUCCAGAUCCCGGUUCUCGCGCGGAAGCGGGCACAAGCCCAGGACGAGACACCCGAAGUGAAGCGAUGGAGGGUCGCGGCCUUGGCUCUCGUUGCGCAACAGGCCAUCAGGGACUCGCUCGAGGAGGCUUUUACGCAGGCUCAGCAGGAGGUGGGAAAUGGAGCCAAGGCAGGCGGUAACUAG